GUUUGCGUCAGURUAAUUAUCUCGCUUUUCCGGAGUGUGGAGAGCCUGUGCUUCAUCCGGUGUUUCCAGUAUGUCCGGCCGUGGGAAACAGGGAGGAAAGGUCCGAGCCAAGGCCAAGUCGCGCUCGUCGCGGGCCGGGCUGCAGUUCCCCGUGGGSCGCGUCCAUCGCCUCCUCCGGAAAGGUAACUACGCGGAGCGGGUGGGCGCUGGAGCUCCUGUCUACAUGGCGGCCGUGCUGGAGUACCUGACGGCCGAGAUCCUGGAGCUGGCGGGCAACGCGGCCCGCGACAACAAGAAGACGCGCAUCAUCCCCCGCCACCUGCAGCUGGCCAUCCGCAACGACGAGGAGCUCAACAAGCUGCUGGGCAAGGUGACGAUCGCGCAGGGYGGCGUGCUGCCCAACAUCCAGGCCGUGCUGCUGCCCAAGAAGACUGAGAGCCAUAAAGCUAAGAGCAAAUAAAUUCGGCGAGCAAAGCUACUCAGACUUUGCACGACGUAACAUUUUAAACCAAAGGCUCUUUUCAGAGCCACCCACACAGUCAAAAAAGAGUUGGUGUUGCUAGCUUUACAAAGGUGCUCUGUUACUUAGUCUUAAACGAUACUAUGUUUAAAGUGAAUUUCUGUGGUUUUAAAUUUUGUUUCUACCAAAUUGGCCUUCUACAUUUGCUUUCUAAUUYACUCUCAUGGUUACUAUUUUUGUAGUGACUUAUUUUACKUAUUUGUAACAUUCAGUACAAAACUUGUUCUUUGUUCUUUGUUGAUUCUGCUCACCUAUCAUGGUUUCACAGGUUACUUCGGGUGUGAAAUAUGGGAGGGUGGCUAAAGUGGGGGUGGGACUCGCGAAAGCUGUGCAACCUAAAAAUGGGGUAUCAUCUCAAAUCCUAGAUGGAACUACAUCUAAGAAUGAAGACAUUUAAUUUUCUUUAAAGACCUCCAUUCUUUAACAGAURUAAAGUUUCCCUAUGAGUCAAAUUUUUAUAGAAAUAGGAAUGCCUUAGGAAAGAAUGGUUCUUUUUGAUCCAGAUCUUUACUUAGUCAGACAUGCACUCUAGAGUAAAUGUAGCAUUUUUCCACUCCGAAGUGCAUUGCAGUGCUACUAUAUUCCCAUUUUAAGUGAAAUUUUCAAACUUUCUAUUCUUAAAUUCCCUCACUGUUGGUUGCUAGUCCCCUUGUUAUAUCAGUUGGUAUACCUAUGUUGGCUGUACAGAUAUCAUCCAAGAGCACAACCUUAAAUCUCUUUAUAUUCGUUAUUAUAAAUUAUGAGAAAGAGUUGUUAGUGGAUUCCUCUUGCUAGGAUAUUCCCAGAAGCUUUAUCUGAUGCUCUUUAGCACACUGCAUGGAGGUGAUUUGUCUUAUCGUUGCUACACCUCUGCACCUUUCAUCCCCUGGAGAGGAGUGCUCUGUGCUUGGGGAAAGACACUACUCCCACCCUGCUUCUCUUUGACACCCACAGUCUCUCAGCUGAGAGGCUUUUUAUGCAGCACUGUGCCAUGGCCAAAAGUGGGACAUCAGGGAUCAUUUGUGGAAAGAAACAAAAAGAGAGCUGCUGGAGCACCACACUAAUCUCUUCUAGUGAUGGUAUUCGUGUCUAAAGGUUUUGUUUGUUUUAAGGGGACACAUUUAGGGUUGUAGUGGUCUUAUUGUGUUUUACUGAUCAUCCUUUGCUACAGCUACAUAUGUCCUGGCCCUUGUACUUCUCUUCCUUAAAAACUGCAAUGGUAAUCAAAAUUCUGUUUUAACAUGCACAAGUCUUCUGUWCUUAGUUUUCAGACAAGAUUUCUAUGUAUAUGUUUGUCAGGAAAUCAUAAUCUCAGAAUGGUCUGGGUUGGAAGGGACCAUUAAAGACAAUCUCAUCCAAUCCCCUUGCUGUGGGCAGGGACACCUUUCACUAGCCCAUGUUACUCAAAGCCCAUCCAGCCUGACUUUGACUAUCUGCUAGGGAUAGGGCACCCACAUUUUCCCUGGACAGCCUUGUCCAGUGAUCCACAACCCUCAUUGCAAAAAAAUUUUUACUUAUGUCCAAUCUAAAUGUAGCCGCUUAUUAGUUUGAAAUCAUUUGCCUUCCUCUUGCCYCUAAAGGCCUGAAAAGAACUCURCCUUUCUGAAUUGAAAGSCUGCUAUAAAGUCUCCCCAGAACYUGCUUUUCCCCUGGCUGAACAACUGCAGCUCUUUCAGCCUUCCUUCAUGGGAGAGCUGACCCAGCCCUCUGAUCAUUUCUGUUGCACUUCUCUGGACCUGCUCUGGCAGWUUCAUGUGUUCCUUAGGACAGAAGACCACAGAGGAUGAAGGCUUCAAAUGGGAUCACAUGAGAGCUGAGAAGAAUGGGACAAUGAYUUCGCUGGACCUGCUGUUCAGGCUGCUUUUGAUGCAGCCCAGGUCACGAUGGGCUUUCUGGACCRCAGCCAGUAAUGGUUUCACCGACUGCUAACCCUGGCUGCCUCAACACUGAUGAKGUCUCAAAUGCAAAAGCCCUGCAAGUCAGAUGGAUUACAUGGAUGAUACUGCUGGAAGAUUUCCUGGUAUUAAAGACAGCUUUCAAGCAAAUUCCAGUGGAUGAAGGAAUGCAGCUGAUCAAGUUUAAAUAAAUGAAUCURUCUUAUUUGCAUACACAACAAGCAGUACAAAAGAGGAAAUCUCUAUGACAUGGUGCCUUAGCUGUGUCAUGGGGUUGUAAUGUACCUUCACAAUCUAAACAAGUUGUGAUGGAAAAAAAAGAACUCCUCCAACCAAGGUCCCUCAAAUGUUUUAGGUCACAGUUCACAGUURUGUUUGGGCAUAACUCAGUAAUGUCAGUUUACAUAUCAAAAGACCUAAAACUUGAUAGUUAAAAAUUUGAACAGCUUUUCUAUCCCUUUUAAUCUAUAUUGCUUGCAAUUCUAGGAAAAUGUACCUAUCAAACAGCUCUUACUUUGCUUUGCAUAUUAUUAUAACUAUUACAACAGUUGUAGCAGAUACAGAUGUGGAUUUAAAUUGCCACUUAAGCUCCCAGGAAAAGUAUUAGCAGCUUUGAAGUUGAUUAUAACACACUGAUGCAAUGAUUUUUUUUACUAAUUACAUACUUUCUUGUGCAGUCAUGGUGAGGCAUUGUCUUAUUGCAAUAAACAAAUAYGAUUUCCUCAUUAUAAUUUAAUCAGGAACUAGGGCAACUCACCUAAUUAGUGUGCAYUUGAAAUGCUACAGAUGUUUAUUUUGUUUUUUUAGAAAACUGAGUUUUGCAAAGGUUUCCAUUCUCAUUUAACCCCGAGGGCAAUGCACCCAAAUUUGUGAGGAAAUUGCAGAAUCUGUAACAUGAGGAUUGGAUACUAAACUUUGAUCCAAGUUAAAAUUAUCUCUGAUCAACAAUAGGAACAACUUCAUUAGCAAUUAUAUUUUGCAGCAAAAUUUCUUUCUGCUUUAAUUAUUUUUGCCUARGAAAAUGCUUUGAUCCAUGAGAGACCAUAUAGAAUAUGUCCCUAACAGAAACACCCGUGAAACAUAUCUGUGCACAAUUCUAGCAACCUAUAGGCAAGAUAGCCUUCCAGAAGGCAUGAUGUUAAAUUAUAUCUAAUGUACUACACUUAGUGAGGGCAGGGGUUUGCAACUGCUUUACUUAAUCUAAGCUACUGGUUUCAACCUCGGCAUCACCCAUUUCUGGCAGAAAGGAACGGGGAAUUUUUAAGUCUUGCAGUGGUUAUACUGCUGGAAGGAAAAGUUAUACUAGGAUCCUCACUCUGUAUUUAGGAAGACUUAAGAAUAAAUUAUUAUUUUGACAUACUAAAAGAUUUUGUGUAAUUCCUUUUGGCUCUCAAAUAUUCAGAAUGUUGUUCACACCUGUCUCAGGAAACAUAACUAGACACAGACCUUCAGAUACAAAGAACAAAGCAGAAUUUGUGGAGCCAAAUGCCAAUAUUAGGCAUCAGCCUGGCAGGUCCACUAGUGAAAAAUCUCCCAGUUAGUCUGUAAGCAGUUCAUUCUGUUCAGUCAACAAAACAAACCUAAUAUAAAUUAAAGAUACAUUUGCCUCCUWGUAUUGUAUAUAUAAGUGGCAAUUCUUCAAAUUUGAAAGAAAAAGGAAUUCACAGUGAUAUUUCAAACAAGAUUUGCACUUGUUUGACACCUGUAACUGAAUGCAUGACUAUCCAAAUUACAUUUCCCCCUGCAUUUAGGGAAUACUUUUCUUCUGAUAAAUAUUCUGCAAACGUUGUCAAUGUUCUCUAAAUUAUAUUUAGGAAUAAAUUUAAAUAACCAGCUGUGCAAAUAUAAAAGGAUAUGAAAAAC